UAUACGUCGCUUUGUUUUUAUCGCAUAUUUAUUUAUUGAAGCAGAAUUGUGUUUCCACCUAAAAAAGUGUAUUUUUUACAACUUGUGCCGGUCCAAACUGAAAGAUUCAAGUAAAAAGAUGUGGUUUAUAACUCAUGCAAGCAGCGGGGACAAGUAUUACUUCUCGAAAAAUAAAAGUGAAUACACUGUCGGUCGUUUGGGAACUGAUUUGGAAUUGCAAAACGAUAUAUGUGUAAGCCGCUCUCAUGCUGUUUUUCAUGUUGUCGACCACGAUGGCGAAAAACAUUUGGAAUUGGAAGAUAUGGGCUCCAAAUAUGGCACCUUUUACAACAAAGAUAUCGAUAAGAAUGCUCCGCUUGAAAAGGGUCAUAAGAUCCAACUGAAAAUGAAUGACCUCGUACGAUUUGGGCGUUUGCAGAACGUAUGGAAGGUGGACCACAUGAAGUUUUUAACUGUUACAUCAGCUCUGAGAGCCGAAGAUGUUGCCAAAGUUGCUAAGAACAUAAAAUUAGUUGGCGGUAAGGUGCUAGAGCAAUGGUCCUCCGAGUGCACACAUCUAACAAUGAAUACUCCAACCGUAACGGUUAAGCUUCUGCGUGCUUUAAUUGAACAAGUUCACAUUGUAAACUCCAACUAUUGGGAAGAUUUGGCAAAUGCUGUGGCCACUAACCAAUCGCAAUUGCCCAAAGUGGAAUUGUAUAGGCCCAAAAUCGAUUUGGGAGAUGGUAAACCCAUUGAUUUAGGUUGUAAAGCCGAAAGACGCAAAGUCUUUGAUGGUCUAACAUUCGUCUUUCUAAGCCGUCGGCAUUAUGAGACUUAUGCGCCCAUAGUAAAAGCCGCUGGAGGAUCCUGUAAAGAUAUAACAAAUGGUGUGCAGAAAGCCUUUUUCGUUAAGAAUAAUGUGGUGGUUAUACAAUAUAUAGCCUCUACGCAAUCGCAAAGCUGCUCACAAACCAUAAAUGAAAUUGCGGACAUUCUUCAAGUUCAUUCCAGACGCAUCAUACCCGAAUAUGAAAUUGGUUUGGCCAUUAUGUAUUGCUCAACCGAAGAAAAUUGCAAUCCUCUGUACAAAGUACCAGAAAGUAUGCCGCAGACGGUUCAAAACACCAACGUGGAUUUGACUGAAACAAUUAACACACAGUCUUUGGGAUUUGAAGUGUCUGGAGCAAAUGUUAUUACCUCCACACCGUUUGACAACAACACUGGAUACGACAAAGAAGAUUUCCAAGAGACAAUGCCCAAUAUGUGCAUAUCAGAAACACCAGCUGAACCUCAUCCCAAGAAACGCAAACACAUCAAUGUUAUAAGUGCGGAUUCCCAGGACAGUGAUGAGGAACUAUUCCAAUUCCCCAAAAAGGCGUACACUCCAGAAGACGCUAGCGUCAAGAGUCGGCCCAUAAAACGAAGUAUGUUUGCUGAGCACAAUGAAAAUUCAGAACCUCAAAAUAAAAUAAUAAAAACUUCAUCGGAGGCACGAGCCAAUGAUGAAGUUGGUGGUAGUACAAAUCGUAAACGACCUCACAUACAAGUGCUUGGCGAAGAAGAUGGUCAAGGUGAUGAAGAUGAUCUAUUCUGUUUUGGUGACACACAAGCCAAUAAGAAAAAACGCGAAGGCGAUGAAGAUCUGUUCGCUUUCAGAGACUCCAAUGCUAAGGAGGAAAGUGAUUCUAAUGAGCCAGUGGUAGAAACUUGGGAACCGAUGCAGACGCAAAAGUUUGUAGUUGUAGCAAAACCGAAAAAGUCAAGCUCGUCCAUUGUAAUGCCCAAACCCAUACCGUUACCGCGAAAGGUAUCUGCGAUUGAUUGGAUAUCAGGUUCUUUGGGAAAAAUCAAAAUAAAAAAUGAAAAUAAUGUGGACAUUAAAAGUGAAGUAACAAAAACUAUUAAAAAUGACGAUGGCGAGGAAGUUGAGAUAAAAACCGAGACCGCCAACGGUGAGCAAGAAGGUGAAAUUAAACAGGAAAUGAAUGGUGAAUUGGAUAUGACAGAAGAGCAUCGCAAAUGGCUGGAAUCGUUGAAAGAUGCCAUUGAAAUACAAGAAGUUUCCUUGCACACAAACAUGAAAAUAAAUCCACGCUCGCACUAUCGGUAUAACAAACAAAAUCAUGAGCAGUCAAGUGAAAAUUUGAAUGGAAGCCUUAGAAAUUUCAAAACUUUUGUCAAGAAAUACAAAACCCCCUCUGAGACCAAUUCAAUACAGUUGCAAGUCCGUUGAAUUCCCUAAAGCUAAAGUAUAAAAGAAAUUAUGAGGAUGCAAGAUGGCGAUGAUCAUAUUAAAAAGCAACGCAUAAUAAUUAUUUUUUCAAUUACCCCUCCCCACUUAUUUACAAUAUACAUAACUAUGUACUAUCAAAUAAUAUCACAUUCAAAACUCUCUGUUCAUUUGUGAACACAA